AUGUCGGAGCUCAAAGGUGCGAUGCGAGUUAACACGAGGAGCGACUGUGUGUCGCAGAUGCAACUUGAGAAACCUGAAGUGGCACUCAGAAGGUCUUCAACUAGUCCGAACACGGCGUCCUCUCCUGACACUAAUGCCUCGUCUUCGCCAUGCUCGGACUCUAGUGGGACCCAUGCUGGUAUUUCCAUUCCCCACACAGAGAGUCCCUGCAGUGUGGAUGAUUUGGAGAGCAAUGGUCUCUUCGACGGUGAAUCUCUCUCCCAGUUAUUGGUUUCAGGGACCAAAGCUAUAUCAGGCCAACCACACAUCGCCAUCAAGCCUGAUGUCCUGUCUACCUAUCCUCUUGACAACCUUCUCUCAGAUAUUGAGGGACUUCUCGAGCAGCCAGUAUCCUAUUUGGCUCCGAGCAAGGGAAAUGUUACAAGACCGGACCGGAAAUUUCGAAGUCGACUCCCAGCGGUCUCCCCUGAGGACAGUGAGUAUUUGCUUAGCAAAGGAGCUCUGCAGCUCUUGCCACCAGCCUUGCGCAACGAGCUAUUGGCGGCGUAUGUCAAAUAUGUUCAUCCGCUCUUACCAAUUCUUGAUCUCGGGGAUUUUCUCUCAAAAGUCAUAGUUGGGGAUGAUGCUCAAUUCAAUUCACCACUACUAUACCAAGCUGUCAUGUUUGCCGGCAGUAUUUUCGCUCGGCGAGACAAUGACGAAAUGGAACAGCUAACGGGAGCUUUAUUUGAACGUACAAAGGUUCUUUACGAGUUUGAAUCCGAACCAUGUGCCUAUACCCAAAUCCAAGCUCUCUUGCUGAUGACUCUCUGGCAUGGAGAUAUGUCACGCCACAAAGGGCCGUCCUACUGGCUUGAUAUCGCCUUCUCCACUGCGGAACGAAUAGGCCUGCUCCAUGAUGAAGAUUGGACAUGCGAUAGCCGUUCUUUCAGAUCCACUAUGUGGUGCUGCCUUUACGUCCGUGAUCGAACAAUCUCGCUUGGAUCUCGUCGGCCCCCACGGAUGCCAGUCAACAUAUAUCCAGAUUCGAUCCUUCAUCUUAUGAGCGAUGCAACUCAUGAAUACGAUGAAAUCAUUCAUGAGAGCCUAGGUAGCGCUUCUCCUAUGCUUACCCACACUAGCCAAGAACAAUCUGCCAUGCUCUUCAAGGAACUAGUCAAACUCUCCUACUGUGUUGGAGCAAUCUUAGACUACCUAUACGAAGGGGCAUGGGUUCCAAUCCCAGCACGUCGCAGCAGCUUCUAUUCACUCGCCCCUAAAUGCAGUAUUUCGCCAUCCAUCAGACCCAGUUGUGAGAAGCUCCUCUAUUCCUGGAUCCAAUUCCUUCCACUCAACGCAGUUUACCAUCCACCACACAUUCCCGCCGAUUUUGAUGGAAAUCCGACCGAAACAGUAUUUCUAGUACACAAAGCUUUUCUCUACCUGCUAUAUUUGGCCGCAAUGGCUGUGAUAUACCGCACAGGAACGCAUAGCCAGCAAACCAGCACUGCGCGUCCUAACAUGGAAGGUCUAAGGGGAUCCACGUCGCAAAUCAAAAAGGUACUCGCGGAGCUGCAGGAUCUUGGACUACUUCCGUUCCUUCCCGGAGCAUCAGUCACUAUACUGAUGUUCGCUGUUGAGGCUAGUCUGUUGGAUCUUCAGGGCUCGGAUAUCAUGGUCCGAAGGCAGGCUAUGACAAAUCUGUAUGCUUGUGAGGAGGCUGCGUUACACUUGAUGCAGGCUUAUCCCACGGCUGAGAUGGCAGUUUUGAAGACCAGGACAGCACGCGCGAACCUUCUUGGAUUGAUUGAGGCUUAAAGGGCGAUUAUUGACACCGACAGUUCGUCGAAGACGCGAGGCUUUGCUUGAUGAAUUAAUGGAUUAUGAGCGCCGGGCAAUAAUUUAGAUAGC